UACAAUUUAGCCACAAAAUUCACUCAAAAUGGCAUCGAAAGCCGGAUUAUCCUUGCAAGUUUUUGGCCGCAGCUUGAGCCAGCUCAAAGCCGUAGUCAGUGCACGCAAUUCAAGUUUCUUGCGUCAGGCCACCACAGCCCUGGCAAAUGGACGCCCCUACAGCACUGAGAAGCAGCCGGAGGAAGCCGCUGCAUCUGCCGCUGGAGCGGAACCAAAAGCCGUCUCCCCGGAGGUUGAUCGUCUCACGAAAGAGCUGGCCGACUCCAAGGAGCAGAAAUCGGAACUGAUGGACAAGUAUAAGCGCGCCCUGGCAGAGAGCGAGAACAUGCGUACGCGUCUGAACAAACAGAUAAGUGAUGCAAAGAUCUUCGGCAUCCAGAGCUUCUGCAAGGAUCUGCUGGAGGUCGCCGACACACUCGGCCACGCUACACAGGCAGUGCCUAAGGACAAGCUGGGUGACAAUGCUGAUCUGAAGAGCCUGUACGAGGGUCUCACCAUGACUCGCGCCUCAUUGCUGCAGGUGUUCAAGCGUCACGGUCUGGAAGCUGUGGACCCACUCAACCAGAAGUUCGAUCCCAAUCUGCACGAGGCUCUGUUCCAGAAGGAGGACAAAACCGUUGAGGCCAACACCGUGGUGGAGGUUACUAAAUUGGGCUACAAGCUACACGAGCGUUGCAUACGCCCUGCCCUAGUGGGUGUAUCGAAGUGUUGAUAGCUUUGCCCGCCUCAGGGCAUGCAAAGUUUCGCCGACCCAUGUCCAUAUUUUGUGUGUCCCCCGCCCCCGAGCAAGAAUCGUUUACAUAGUCUACACAAGAGAAGUCUCCAUUGUUUGCAAUUUGUUUUAUCCUGCAAAAUUCCCGUACGUAAACCCUAUGUAAAUACAAAUGAUCCAAAAUUCAUGCGGAUCGGAUCGCUUGCGAAUUUAAAAUUCCUCUUAGUUGCUAAGUGAUCGAUGACUAGACUCAAUGGCUACAGAUUUUUACCACACGCGUAGCCAUCGAGUGUUCCACUUUAAGGUUUAAUUACGAUAAUAAAAACAUGUUUUAGUUGAAA